AUGAAUGCAGAAAUUGAGACAGAGCCAUGCUUAUUAGCAGAUUCAGGAUAUCAAGGUAUUAAUGAUAUAAUACCAUGGGCAAAAACUCCUUUUAAACGUCAAAGGAAUACAGAAUUAACAGAUGAUCAGAAGGAAUACAACCGAAAACUCUCCAGUAAUCGAAUCAUUGUCGAGAAUUAUUUUUCUCGACUCAAACAAUACUGGAGAGUGAUUGGUGGUAAAUGGCCAUUGAAAAUCAAGGGUGAUCUAACAUUUUAUCAUCACACCUUUGCAAUGUGUGCAGGCCUUACAAAUAAACUUUUGUGCCGACGUCCAUUACGUAGAGGUGCUGAAAGAUGGGAUCUUUUAGAUCUUGAUAGCAUGGAUGAAAAUAGCGAGGCAUAUAACUAUCAAGAAUCAGUUUCUGAAGAUGACAGUGAAAAUUCUUAUUAA